GUUCGCUACGACGGCGAGAUGGCGCUCACCCGCGAAGAAACCAUUGCCCAGCUCAAUUCCGCGAGUGUCGCCUUCGACCAUCUAUUCUCUAACCGACUGCCGCAAGCAAAGGAUGCUUUCGCCGCCGAGGGCACCCCUUUCCAUCUCAUGGGGCUUGGCGUCUGCUCGUUCUUGGAAGCUGCCUUGGGCAUGGAGAUGAACCUGAUGGCGGAGGCAAAGAAGACACUAAACGCUGCAGAGGCAGCGACCCGCAAGCAGCUCAAGGCAGCGCAGAAGAACGGAAAGAGUGCUACGCGCUUCUCACCUGGCAUGGAAUGGGACGUCCUGCACGCCGACUCCGUAAUCUUGGCCGGACUCGUGAACGCGCUCAGCGAGAGCUACAUGGGCUAUCUUCAAUGUCUCUACGCACUGAAUAGCGCUAACUCCAGGUUCACGAAAUUGUAUAAGAUCGUUUUCCCCAAUGGGCUCGAUAGCUACCCGACUCCGAACCCCUCUCGCGCACCCUCCCGCCAGCCUUCAAUACAGUCUCUCACCGCAGCUACGCCAAGUACGCCCAAGACGCCAAGUAUAAUCGGCAAGAGCGGAUUCUUCGGGCGCUUCGGCGCGCUAUCGCUAGCACCGCCAUCGGCCCCAAAAGCUGAAACAACUGGCAAUCCAGAGGAUGAUGGCCCCAUUGAGGAGGCCAUCGUUUCGGGGGUUGCGUUCGGCUAUGGCUUAUUCAACCUGGUUUUCUCCCUCUUGCCGACUUCAGUGAAGCAGGUAGUUGGGUGGCUAGGUUUUAGCCAUGAUCGCAGGCUGGCACUGCGCGCGCUCGCCGUCUCGGCGGAAAAAUCAGAUGUGCAUAGUGUCUUUGCCAGUUUGAGUCUCAUGACGUAUCAUGGCGUAGUGCUGCUGCUUUCUGGCUACCAGGCGGACGAACAGCACAUAUUGCGACAGUACCGUGCCAUCAUUAACAAGAUGUCGUCUCGUUACCCUACAGGCUCGUUGUGGGUCCUCAACCAGGCAAAGAUAUUACGCAUGUCGCACGAUGCUGAAGGAGCCAUUCGCGUUUUGCAAGAAGGGCUUGGCCCUGAUAGGCCCCACCUUUUCAAGCAAGCUGACGCUCUGUUGGUUUUCGAGCUCGCGUGGACGCUCCUGGCCCAACGGCGUUAUGCGGACGCUGCGAAGAUGUUCAUACGGAUGACCGAAGUCAACCAAUGGUCCCAAGCGACCUAUUACUACAUAGCGGCUGGGUGCCAUGUAUCACUCAAGGAUUACGAUUCAGCACAGAAACUUUUCGACAGUAUUCCGGCCCUCCUCGAUAAGAAGAAGCUUGGUGGCAAGGAUCUCCCAACGGAGGUGCUCAUCCGGAAGAAGGUUGCGUUCUACAAAGAGAAACAGAAGCGUCGGGGUGGGUCGGAGUCCAGAUAUGCUGAAUGUAUCGCGAUAAGUCCCGCGGAAGAACUCGGUUUAUUCUGGAAUACCCACCAGCGUGUUGAUCGAAAUAUUGCAGAAGCGCAUGUGGAAGAAUGGUUUUCCCUCACCCCGCCAGUUGCUCUUCCGGUCCCGUUACCCACACCCUCGACGCUUUCUUCGACGUCCAGCGUUUCCACCCCACAGUCCUCCACUCCGGGCACGCCCCUUUCGACCUCUGCGCCGUUGACCCCUUCGACUUCCACCCUCCCCAGUCGCGUGGACCUCGACACGCCGGACGAGAUCGCGCUUCGACAUCUCCUCCUCGGUAUCGUUUAUCGGACUCUACAUCAGUUCUCACUUUCGCGCGCGCAUCUCCUGGAGGCACGUAAGCUUCACCCUAAGGUUACUAUCAGUACCUGGAUUGGCGGCGUCGCCGUAUUCGAGCUGGCGGUGAUGGAGCUGAAAGAGGCCGAGGCCGUCGAACGCGGCCAUACUUCGGUUUCGACGUCCUCUCUGGCAACACUCGCGUCGGAUACCCAGUCGAACGCCGACGUCGGGAACAGCAAGAACCCGAGAGAGUUGUGGACGCCUGUCCUGAAGUCCGCGAAUGUUAGGUUAGACGAAGCUCUUUCUUUGGCGCCGAACAGCGUCGAUCUGUCGUCGAGGUUGGAGAGCCGGAUCGCGAUGCUCAGGGACGAGAUCACUCUGAAGCGGGAGAUGCUAGGAUUAUGAGAAAGCGGGGCUUGGGGACGGUAUAGAUAUGCAAGGACAUUGUAGUACAGUUCAUAAUAGUCGUGGAUAUAGCAGUGUUUUC